AUGUGACACACAGGUGUUUAUUUUGUACAACUGGCUCAAGUCCAGUUUCACACAUCUACAUACCACAGUAAUCCUCAAGGUUUCUAAGAACUAGGGCUUCUAAAGGAGGCCAUGCAGUCCUUACUUAUAAAGACAAUUAGUGUUAGAGACAUGCAAACAGCCUGUGUAACCUUUAAAGUCGCUAUUUCAUAUCAAUUGCAUAUCUAUUUAUGUAUUCAUGGCAAUGAAACACAAUGUUUGAUUCAGGUAAAAAAACUUUUUUUUUAGGUGAACUAUCUCUUUAAAUGUAACAUUUCAUCUCACUUCUUCCCAGCCUACUCCACAAAACCAUUCAUAAAGCGUCAUCAUACACUGGACACAUCCCAAUAAGCCUUGCUAGUAUUGUAAGUCACAUCUCCAUCCUGUUUGCAUGACUCUAGAACACUGCGUAGUUCAUCAAGUGCACGUAUCUAAUCCAGGCACAUUAUGAAGCCGGGAUUAGACACAGGCGAAGAACAGAGAGCGAGAAAGAGAGAGAGAACACAGUGUGGAGGAUGAGAAAACGUAAAUAGAUUAUCCAAUCAGAACUGGCUGGACAUAUACAACAGCUUGACAAAAGUGUUUAACUUAAGGUUCACAUGACUUCAGAUCACCAGCUCCUAUUGCAGCAAUCCAAUGGAUUUCAAGGGACUGAGACAGUCUAGAGAGCUAUUGCAUGAACAAUGUCUUUAGCAGAGAGUGAUUGACAACACAUUGCUUGCACCACUGGAUCGGCUGAGGAAGACCAGGAAGAGAAAUUUGAGGAGAAGUACUAGCAAGAGACUAAAUUCAAGCAGCCAUGAGAACAGCCAGGCGGGCUAGUACCAUGGAGGUGCCCUCCUUCCUCAGACAGCUGGUGAAGGAGACAGAGAAGAUGGUGACCUUCUUCUUUAAGGGUGGGAGAAGGGAAGAUUAUGACUUUGAGAAUGAGGAGGACAAUCCAAGUCCGUACCUGGAUCGGCCGAUUUUGGCGAAGGACAUGGAAGAAGGGGGAUCAAAAUGGGGAGUUAACUACGGCAUGGCCUCUGUGCAGGGUUGGCGUGUCCAGAUGGAGGAUGCCCACACCUGCAUGCCAGAGAUGUCUGGAGGACUUCCAAGCUGGAGCUAUUUUGCUGUGUUUGAUGGACAUGCUGGAAGAACAGUGGCUCAGUACUGCGCCAAACACCUGCUGGAUUUCAUCCUGGAUAAAGGUUGUGUGAUAGCAGAUGAGGAUCCAGAUCAGGUCAAAGAUGGCAUCAGGAAUGGUUUUCUUGGCAUCGACCGGCACAUGCACACCCUGGCACGUAACGAGAACUGGGACCAUAGCGGAUCAACGGCGACUGCCGUUAUGAUCUCUCCGCGAAACAUCUACUUCAUCAACUGCGGUGACUCACGAACCUUUCUUUGCCGCAAUGGCCAGGUGGUCUUCUACACGGAGGACCACAAACCCUGCAACCCACGAGAGAAAGAGCGCAUCCAGAACGCCGGGGGGUCAGUCACCCUACAGCGCAUCAAUGGUUCUCUGGCUGUGUCCCGAGCUCUAGGAGACUAUGAUUUUAAGGAGGUGGAAUUGAAGACUCAGACCGAACAGCUGGUAUCACCUGAACCCGAGGUGUACGAACUGAGGCGAACCCCGGAAGAUGAGUUCUUGGUGGUGGCGUGCGAUGGUGUAUGGGAUGCAGUUGGUAAUGAGGAGCUGUGUGCAUUUGUGCGUAACCGUCUGCAGGUGUGCGACGAUCUGAGAGACAUUUGUGCGCAGGUCAUUGAUCUCUGCCUCUAUAAGGGAAGCUUAGACAACAUCAGCAUCAUCAUUAUCUGCUUCGACAGCGCCCCCAAAGUGACGCCAGAGGCAUUGCAACGUGAGGCAGCGUUAGAGCAAAUCAUUGAGCAGAAAGUGGAAAAGAUCAUUCAAAUGAUGAGAGCUAAAGAUGAGGAUCCUGACCUGCUCUAUGUGAUGAAGUUCCUGGCAUCUGAAGAAAUUCCAGGCCUUCCACCAGGUGGAGGAAUAAUAAGCAAGAAAGAUUGCAUAAUUGCGGCAUAUCAAAAAUAUGCAGCAGCCAUUAGAUCUAUUGAGGCGAUGGAUACUGUCGGAUCUGAGGAUUCCAACUAGUGAGUUUUCCUGGAAAUAAAAUCAAGCCUGGAAUCUCUGUGGAUGUAAUUACCAAUGAAAGGAAGACAAUUUUAAGCCAACUACUUAAAGGUGUUGCGGAGGAUUUUCUCGAAUUUUAGAAAAGAACCGCCAUCUCCACUUUUUUAAAAAAUGCAAUUGCGCAAUACUCCUGAUUGACAACUAGGAGGACCAAUAGUCUUGAUGAUCCACCUGGAAAAAGAAAAUCCUCCACAAUACCUUUAAGAAAGGAAAAACUGUGUAGCCAAAUUUUUCUUUUUCAAAACAAUGUUGUUAAAAUAGAAACAAAAUAGGAAAGCAUUCUUAAGCUGAAAUGUCUAGUUUUCUCUAUACUUCAUGGAUAGAUUAAAGUGAAAGUAUAAAUACAUACAGUGUCUGUGGCACUGUUAAGACUUUGCUCUGUUUUUUGGGCACCCUGACAGACUGACACCGCAACACUGUCUCAGUCAUGAGUGUGCCCGGCCAACAGAAAAACAAUGAAAAGUGUUGAAUGAAAAUUGUUAUUUUUGCAAUAUUUGACAACGCAAUACACUUCAGUUUUAAAUAGGCUGCAUAUGGACGGUUUUCUUUGACUUGAAAUCCUUAUGGUUUGAAAAGUUGUGGUAAAAUAAACAUUUUCAAUAUAUAAUUCAGUAUAAUUAUAAUAUAAUGAAGAUCUUUUACAUACAUACUAUUCAACUUCUGUCCAGCAAUAAAAAGAUAACAUGUGUAAACCUUGACUACACAUUCCAAUGUCUUGUCUUUUCUUUUCGGAUAUUGUUUAACAGUAUUUGAGAUAAUACUUUUAUGACUAGUUCCAGUGUGCAAAUGUUGAUUUCUCAAAAAAGCGUCUUUAAAAACUUGAUGCAACAAUGUCAAACAAUUAAAUAAAACAAGUCCCUUUAGGAUUUUACAUGCUGUGA